AUGAAACGCCUCCAGAAAUGCUGUUGUUGUGCUUCGACCCGCACCGGGACACUGAUCACGGCCACCCUCGGGAUCAUACUGUCAAUCGCAACCAUUAUCUUAAUCUGGGCGGUCAAACAACACAGAAUCGCAUUCAGCACAUUCAUAUUUGAUGAAGAGUUUGAUAGGACACUCACAAGGAACAAUGUUCCGAGGAUAGUAUUAACAGUAAAUCUAUGCUUUACGAUACUGAUAUGCACCUUGCUUAUCGUAGCUGUUCAAAAACGGCGGUCAUGGCUGAUGCUACCGUGGGUAGUGCUGGGCAUAGUGCUCGCCGUUGGGUUACUGAUCAGCGUGUUACACACAUCUAUUACGUACUACCUCGAUAAGGAUGACUACGUAAUCCUUGCUACUAUCAUUCUCAUCGGCGGACUUCUCUACUUGUGUCUAUACCUGUACCUGUGGGCAGUGGUGUUCAGUCACUACCUGGACACACGUGAUGAAGAAGAACGUGGCCGGUACCGCAAAGCUCCCUACCGACGAUAG